CUCCUGCACUCCUUUUUUCGCCACAGGCCAACAAGCCACUACGACGUUGGCUUCUGGCUCUUGAACUGCUUUCGCUCGCUCGUCAGCCUCGUCUACCUUCUUCAUACAUACCCUGCGAGAAACUUGCAGGCAGAAUGGAUCCCAUAACUACCCCGCUCUCCCUCGAGAUGGCGGCUGCCGACUCGCCUCAGUUCCGUGCCGCCGUCAUCCGCUUCGAAAUAGACUUGGAUACUUUCAUAGGGUGGCUCGAGAAGUUCAUUGCCGUUUGGAGACACUAUUUUCGCGAGUACAUAAAGAAAAACGAAGCGCUCGCUGCUAUCGUCAGCACAACCUCCGAAAUUCACUUCCAUCAAAACCCACAACUGUGGAAGUCUUGCGCCAGCAGACUCCAAGCCACCUAUCACGCCCAGAAUAAGCUCGUGGACGACAUGUUGGACAAGAUAGAACCGCUUGAGCGACUUCUCAAGGACUCUCGAAGAAUAAAAAGCGAUCUGAGAAAUUUCGAGCGGUCAUUAGAGAGGUUCGAAACUGCGCUACAAAGGUUUUCCGCCGUCUCCCCUUCAAAGGAACCAAGUGUUCUCAAAGAAGAGUCGUCCGUGCUGUUUGAGUACCGCAAGCAAUACAUCCACGCGGCUCUUGGCAUAUGCACUACGAUCAUCGUAUUCCGAACCAGUCUAUAUGAAAAGCUACUGGAAGUACUGCAUGAGACUGCGGUUUGCACCAUGCAGUUCCACAAAGAUGUAACGCAGAUGCAAGAGGUCGCGUUGGCGGAUACCUUGGAAGCUCGCAAAAACACCCUCCACUCUCGCCUUCUCUCGCAAAUUGAAACCAAGCGGAAAACCUUGGAAGAGGGCACCAUAGCGAAAUGCAAUCCCGCACAAAGCAGCCCCUCCGAACCAUCGGCCCCCAUAGACUCCGAGGGGACCACCGUGUACAAAGAGGGCUACAUUUUCAGCCGCGCAGCGCGGGGCUGGACAAGGAAGUGGCUUCGAUUAUCAACCGGGGGGUUGUCCUAUAGGACUCUUUCUGUCACAAAACCCGGCGUGCUCUUGACGUCAUUGGCCCUGAACGUCCUCAUUUGUAACGUUCGCGCUGUACAAAUUGAGGACCGGCGCAAUUGCUUCGAACUGGCCGUUGCUAGAAGAAAGCCCGUUCAGUUCCAAGCCGAGACGGAGGACGAUUUGCGAGAAUGGAUAUCUGCCAUCGAGCAGGCGAAGAAAGACGCGCUCAAAAAUCCGUCGUCGGACUUUGUCCUCAGCAACACGCCUGCCAAUGGCACCAUUAUUGAAUACGAUGAUGAGGGAGGGCCGCUCUCAACUAUCAACGAAUUGCCACCCGUCACGCCCGCGGACGGAGAGUCUGAAGAUGAGGAUGCUGAGGAAACGCCAUUUGAAGCACAGCAGAACGAUGCUGCGGCGGAAUCGAUGGAGUUGGUUUAUUCGGACCCUGCACUCCGCAAAGAGAAUGUCAAAUUGCACCGGAUCCUGCGCCAGGUUCCGCGCGACGAUUUUGUCAUGGAUGCAUUCUCGCUCGGAUGGCAGAAAGAUAUAGUGAUACAUGGCAAGCUGUAUCUAACGUACGACCGGAUUUGCUUUCAUUCGAACAUCUUGGGGUUUGUCAACAUUCUUGUGGUGGACACCGCCGACGUUGAAGACGUCGUCUUGAGAAGAGGCCCGUUAUACAGCUCGCUCAUCAUCACCUGCAAGGACAACUCGCAACAUACUUUCAAGCUGUUCCUCAAAGACGAGCAGAAGUUCAACGCGAUCAAACUCGCAUGGCAGAAUGUGAAGGCUGAGCCACGACUAAGUCGUCAAGAUUUGCUCCAUGCGAUUCAUCAACGGAAGCCUUCUCCGGCUCCUCGUUCCGUCGAAGACACCACUGCUCUAAGCCUGUCGGAUGCUAGGGAACCCACUUUGCCCACGACGGAAGAAGAAGUACCCAAAACUGAGACAGAUGAUUCUGCCCUACCCCCGGAUUUCCAGGCCCCCUCUUCGCCGGUCGAUUGUGGAUGCGGAGCGGAUCAUCAAGAGAAAAGGGAGGUUGAUGAUAUCAUACAGGCACCGGCGAAGAAAGUGUUCGAAACUCUAUUCAGCGACACCACGAAGUUCUGGGCUGAGCGGUUCCAUCCACCCAGAGGUGAAACAGGGAGGCAACAAAAGCCCUGGGUAAAUGAUACUCGUGAGGUCCGAUAUACGAUGCCAGUCAACAACCCCAUGGUCAAAGUAAAGGAAGCAGAGGUGAUAACGAAGCAGACUAUCAUCAAGCAACAGCCGCAUAUUCUUUACAUCGUCCAACAACAAUCCGAAACGCCCGCCCUCCCAUAUCCGGACGCCUUCUCUCCCGUGACGCGGUUCUGCAUCACCUGGGUCAGUCCCACUUCGUGCCGGUUUGUGAUCACAAGUGGGGUGAUCUUCUUCAAGAGCCCUAUGAUGAAAGGAAUCAUCAAGAAAGCGGCGAUGGCCGGGUUGGCAGAAAGCGCCGCGCAGACGCUCCCCUUGCUGAAAGCGGAGGUCGAGCAGAAGACACAAGGGAAACCGGUUCCCGCAACAGCAACUCUACCAAACGGGUCGACGAGCGAAAGUGCAAAACGAUCUUCGGAAGUUAGUCAAGGGGCCGCCACCACUCCUGGUGACAGCGCGCCACUGAAAGUAAACGGGACCUCAGAUGGGACGAACGGGACUUGGUUUCGGGUGCUAUUGGCCCUCCUUCUAUGCUCUUUAUUGCUUCACGGAUGGCAAUUGGGGCGUCAGGGAACCACACACAACGACACCCGAGACAACUCUUAUACCAGGAGCCGUGUGGGAACGAUUAGGGCCGUGGAAGCUGAAUGGGCUCGCGUGUUGGGAGUCGGGGCCAAUGAACGUCACAGGUUCCGCAAGUUUCUAAAACUCCAUCAUCCAUUGAUCGUACGCGACGAAAUAAAUGCCGAAAAUUACUCUUCACCUUCGGCGCGCGACGGCCGUCCAUCAAGUUCGUACAACGGUCCUCCGGUUCGCGCCAAGUACCGUAACGCCGCUCAUUUGACAACAUUCCGUAUUCUCGCGGACCUACAAUCGUACGUAGAAGACCUGAGGACGGAAAUCAAUGCCUUGGACGCCGAUUUGGAUGAGGUAGAGGGGUCCCUCAUGAUGGUGAUGUGGCAGAACUGGUUACUGGACGAAGGUCGACCGGGAUUACCAGCCUCUGGACGAGUUUAGCUAGGGCUUGCACCACGUUUUGUUGUAGCUAGGCGAGACGAGCAUCCAAUUCUUCUUGUGAUAUGGAACAAUUUUUGGUUCGGGUGAAAACUCAUAAGUAAAAGUCAUAGUAAAUGUUAAGGAAGUUUGCAAAUACGCAUUG